AUGCGCCCCCGAGACCCCGGCCAGGCCCCUGCUGCUGGUCACCCGCCACCCCAGCCCGGGGCCGCCUCCGUGCAGCUGGCGGCCUGCAAAGCGCACGUCCCCUCCGCGUCCCCGGCCGCGCCUUUGUCCUCACGGGCGGCGCCCCCAGCCCAGUGCGGACGCGCGUGUCCGCCCCGCGCUCGCGCAAAAAGAAAACACAAAGAGGCGGAGGGAGCCCCGCUUCCCCGGCCCCCGAUGCUCACCGCGCCGGGGCAGCCCGCCGGGGCGGAUGCCAAAGGAUUCGCGGGGCCGCGGGCGCGCCAGCCUCUCCCCGGCCCGCUGCGCUGCGCUCGGCCCGGCCGGGCUCAGGCUCUGCGCUCCACCGCCGCUGCCGCCUCCCGCCGCCCGCCCCCGCCGCCGGCUCGCGCGCUCCCGGCCCGCGCGCGCGUCCCCGUGGCUCCCAUUGAGCCCCGGGCCCGCCCGCUGAUGUCAUCCCCCGCCCGCCGCCGCCGCCCCGGAGGAUUUAAAGGGCCCGCAGCCCCCGGGAGCGCGCGCUGA